UGAACCAUAUUCAUCUAUAUUAAGUGAUAGAUGUCAUCUCUACUGCGUAGUAGAAUAACACGGUGUCAAUAUCUAGGUAUCAAAAUGAAAGCUGUGCCGUCUUUAAUGACAUAGUAAAAAGCUCAUAUUGCGAUAGACCAAGAUCAGUUUUAUAUCAAAACAUAUCAAGUUCUGUUAUUUGAUAGUUUCGUCAGUGCUAAACUUCAGUAUAUAACUACCUUGUGAAAUUGAAAUGUCAUAGAGUCUUAUACAGAAGAGUGUAUAGAUUGGAUUAUUUCCAAUCAUGGAACCCAAACAGAUACAUACAUAUGUUUGCAUUGCCUUGUUCUGUAUGGUGAUUUCUGUGAGUUCUAUUGUCGUAAAGAUCGCGACGAUAUUGCCCGCGGACAAUAGCAGGAUCUUCUCUAUUGACCGCGUGACCCCUGCCAUACAGAUGGCAAUAGACGAACUUAGCAACAACUACACACUUGUUGAAAAUCUCACCUUUUCGGUAGAGUACGCAAACUCGCAGUGUUCCAUCGCCGAGGGAAUUAACCAAGCAAUAGAUUUCUAUAUCAACAAAAAGGUCGACGCAUUCUUUGGUCCAGUUUGUGACUAUGCCGUGGCCCCUGUUGCUAGGCAAACACGAUUUUGGAAUAUACCUUUAAUUUCCGGUGGCGCCAUGGCACGCGACUUUGCUAUAUACCGGAAGUCACAAUAUCCAAAGUUGACCCGAGUGGGUCCGGUGAACUUCAACUCCCUGUCGGAUUUCUUUGUUAAGUUGUUUCGACACUCUGGGUGGAAAUCUCUGAAGAUUCUGUACAAUCGCGAGGGACACGCAAACGUUUUCGAGGAUUUCUGUCACUUGUGCGUGGAAGCUAUUCACUACGACAUCAUUGAAAAAGCGCGGGAAAUUAAACAGGAUUAUUUUCGUUUAGAUGAAAAAACGGAUCUUCGGACGAUACUGCUGGAAGAAGUAGGAAAUACGUUUGGAGGUAGGUUCUUUGAAUUUUCACUGAAGCAGAAAUGUAUAUGA